UCUCUCUCUCUCUCUCUUUCUCUCUCUCUCUCUCCACCGCUUCUCCCUUACCGAGCACACGGAGCAUGUGAAGACGUCACAGCGAACAACGACGAAGGCGAGGGGGAAAGCAACAAGCUAACACUGCUGGGUGUGCAUAAUCGUUCGUGUCCGUCUCGAUCCAUCUCACCAACUGAUGUCCUCCAAAAGCGGGCUGCUAUGGCUCCGUGGACGCUGCUCUGCCUCCUCCUGCUCGCCAUUGUGCAAAGAAGCCGAGGGGCUGACACAGAGGAACGGCUGGUGGAGCAUCUCCUAAACCCCGCCCACUACAACAAACUGAUCCGGCCAGCGACCAACGGCUCGGAGCUGGUGACGGUGCAGCUGAUGGUGUCGUUGGCCCAGCUGAUCAGUGUGCACGAGCGGGAGCAGAUCAUGACGACCAACGUCUGGCUCACUCAGGAAUGGCAGGACUACCGUCUAACGUGGAUCCCAGAGGAGUUUGACGGCAUGAAGAAGGUCCGGCUGCCCUCCAAACACAUCUGGCUGCCAGAUGUUGUACUCUACAACAAUGCUGAUGGGAUGUAUGAGGUGUCCUUCUACUCCAAUGCUGUAGUCUCCUAUGAUGGCAGCGUCUUCUGGCUUCCUCCGGCGAUCUACAAGAGCGCAUGCAAAAUUGAGGUGAAGCACUUCCCAUUCGACCAGCAGAACUGCACGCUCACCUUCCGGUCAUGGACCUACGACCGGACCGAAGUGGAUCUGGUGCUGCGAGCCGACGUGGCCAGCAUGGAUGACUUCACGCCCAGCGGAGAGUGGGACAUCAUUGCCUUGCCAGGGCGUCGCAACGAAAACCCGUCGGAUCCCACCUACGUGGACAUCACAUACGACUUUAUUAUCCGCCGCAAGCCGCUCUUCUACACUAUCAACCUCAUCAUCCCUUGCGUUCUCAUCACGUCUCUGGCUAUUCUGGUCUUCUACUUGCCUUCUGACUGUGGUGAGAAGAUGACCCUGUGCAUCUCUGUCCUCCUGGCACUCACUGUUUUUCUGCUGCUUAUCUCCAAGAUUGUGCCCCCAACCUCACUGGACGUCCCACUGGUGGGCAAGUAUCUGAUGUUCACCAUGGUCCUGGUCACCUUCUCCAUUGUGACCAGCGUUUGUGUCUUAAACGUGCACCACCGCUCGCCCACCACCCACACCAUGCCGCCAUGGGUCAAGCUGGUCUUCCUCGACAAGCUGCCUGCCCUGCUUUUCAUGCGGCAGCCACGGAACAGCAGUGAGCGCCAGCGCCUUCGCCAGCGACGCCGGGCCAACGAGAGACGGGAGGGCGGCCGGGGUGGCCUUAUGGCCGGGCUGGGCCUGGGCGUCUCUUCGGAAAGUGGAGAGGCAUGUACAUGCUAUGUGAACCGUGCCUCUGUCAAGCAGUUUGGAGGCGAACUGGGGGGAGGAGGUGGAGGAGGAAGUGGAGGGGGUUCCAUGGACGGUUUGAAUGGGUUGAGGGAGGGUGGGCGUGAGGGCAGGGAAGGGACCUCUACACCCCUGCAAAGCUCGGCACUGUCCCGGGGGAAGCAGCAACAACAACAGCAGCAGCAGCAGCCUCCCACAGCCCUCACACAGGCCCUGCUGGGGCAAGCCUGCCCAGGCUUUGAGGAGGCUGUGGAUGGGGUGCGCUUCAUCGCCAACCAUAUGAAGAGUGAGGACGACGACCGCAGCGUGAGCGAGGACUGGAAGUAUGUUGCCAUGGUGAUCGACCGCCUCUUCCUCUGGAUCUUUGUCUUCGUUUGUGUCUUCGGCACGGUAGGGAUGUUCCUCCAGCCGCUCUUUCAGAACUCCUCCAAGGCGGUCGUCAACACGCCCGGCUGACUGCUCGGCCACCGGUGGAGAACUUUCGGACACUUCUUGGCCCCAUUGGAGGCUGGACAGAUGAAGGGAGGAGAGAGGGCCUGCCCAGGGGGAGGGGGACGGGGACUGUUUUUCGCGCUGGACUACAGACUGCGGUUAUGAUCUGCUAGGUUUAUACAAUGACUUUUUGGAAUAUCUCAACACCAACAAUAACCAUGCGUGCAGUUUUGUUUUGUUUUGUUUUUUUGUCCCUCUCUUCUCUCCAAACCUCCCUCUCUCCUCCCUUCAAGUGACAAACCGCACAAGCCAAGAGAGAGAGAGAGAGAACACCACACUCUGCCAGCCAAUCAGCGUCAUGAGCCACUAUCACCCACAAAGCUCUGCCUUCUGACAGCCACCGAGCUUUACGGCUUCCUCAAGAGACUCAUAACUGCUAAUUAUUUUAGGAGAGCCAAACAGAGAAAGGUGAUCUUCCAACAGCUGUGCGAAGCCAUUUCUAUCUCCACUCAUUCAGAACAGAUUUGUUUCCCAUAGUAGAGGCCUGUCACACUUUUAGCGCCAUCGUUUUCUGUGUGAUCACGCAAGCGAAUGGUCCUUUUUGGG